AUGCCCGAAUCUCUUCAACUCGAAGCACUCAAUUCCCUCGUUCCAACUUGUAAACAAUACCAAAUUAGGCAUUUACAUAAUUUAAUUGCUCCAUAUUUUCAAAUUGAUUUCAUUCGUCUUCUUCCAAAAGAGCUUUCAUUCAAAAUUCUUAGCUACUUGUCUCCUAAAGACUUGGUGCUUUCUGCAAGUAUUUCACGUACAUGGCGUCAUCUUGCCGAGGAUCACAUUCUUUGGAUGAAAAAAUGUCUUCAAUAUAAUAUUAAAGAAAUUUUCCCUCCAAAUCUUGCUAGAAGGGAAAAUUGGGCGUUGUUUUCUGCUGGACUAGUCGAUUCUCCACAAGAAUCCCCCCAUUAUUUUGACGGAGAUUCAUCUUUUUCUUCAAAAAUUUCUUCAUCUUUUUGUAAAUCUUUAUUCCAAUCACCUUCAUCUUCUUUACACUUUUCACAAUUAAAUUUACCGUCUUGUUUGGAAAGAUCUAAAUGGAAGGCUAUUUAUUUAAGAAAUCAACAUAUUUCUAAUAAUUGGCGUUUUCGACGUCCAAAUGCAAUUUGUCAUUUACGAGGACAUGAUGAACAUGUAAAUAUUUUAAGCAAAAUUAUUUUAUUUUUAAAGGUAAUAACUUGUUUAAAAUUACGUGGUGAUCGUCUUGUAACUGGUUCUGAUGAUUGUACUUUAAGAGUUUGGUCUGUAGGGACGGGAGAGUGUACACAAGUAUUAACUGGACAUACUGGAGGUGUUUGGGCACUCCAAUUAUCUGAGGACGGAAAAAUUGCUAUUAGCGGUUCUACUGAUAGGACUGUUCGAGUUUGGAAUGUUGAAACUGGUGUUUUGAUGCGUUGUUUAAAUGGACAUUCUAGUACUGUUAGAUGCAUGUCUUUAUCUGGAAAUAUUUUGGUAACAGGUUCUCGUGAUUGUACAAUUAGAAUGUGGAAUAUCGAAGAAGGUCGUUGUAUUCGUCCAUUUAUUGGUCAUUUAGCGGCCGUUAGAUGUGUUAAAUAUGCCGGUUCCUCAGUUGUUUCUGGUGGUUAUGAUCAUAAAAUACAUGUUUGGAAUGCUGAAAAUGGGACUUUAGAACAUGUUUUGGAGGGCCAUACACACAGAGUUUAUUCGUUACACUUUGUUAAAGAACGUAAUUUGGUUAUUUCUGGUUCUCUUGAUACAACAAUUAGAGUUUGGAAUUCAAACACUUGUUGGGCAUCAAUCUUUAACUUCUGGAAUGAAAUUGAGAGGAAAUAA